CCCACCUCCCUCGUCCGCAGGAGGAGGAUGGCUGGCCGCGGGGCCCUGCGGCUGCCGCCCAGCCCAAUCUCUCGUCAAAAUUCCUUUCUCUUCAACAUUGUUAGGAACUUUGUUGUGUGCCCUCGCUCUCCAAGUCCCAAUUCGCGAAGAUGACCUGCCUAACAGCAUUUCUUACCGCGCUCUUCACAAAGCUCCUAACCAUCCUUAUUUGGGUGUCAGUAUUUUCCUGCAAUGCUGUGUCCGUAUUGCCACGGUGGUGGGUGUUGCGAUGCCCAAAGUCCCAUAUUCCGCAGAUCCCCUGGCAACAGCAGCCUCUUGUCGCUGGCAUGACCCCAGGGCAGCGCGGGCCCUAGUGGCAACCGUGGAUCCGGUUCUAGUGCCAUGCCCGCCGUGUCUUUUUUUUUUGUUCACACCUCGGUUGCCCCCCCACCCCCGGAAAAAGAUGUCGACGGGAAUUACCGCCGCCGCAGCCUUCUGGACGGUCCUUUGGGUCAAGUGUUUGCUUGCUGUCGUGUGGUUGGUGGUAUUCGCCUCCCACAUGUUCUUCGUCUGGCCGGGUUGGCCGCUCUUACCUUGUCCUCUCGGUUCUCUCUAUUCCUCGCUAGCCGGAAACAGGCGCUUGCCACGCGAGUAUAUCCCCCACGGCCCCGAAGAACUCGGUGAGGCGCUGGCCCGCCAUCAGCAGGAGCAGCGGUAGUAGCGACCACAGCAACAACAGUAAUAGGAGCAGGAGGA